AUGACUUUCUAUUCCAAAAUACGGCAGGUGACAAAUAGUGCAUUCCCGCACAAGGUCCCACAGGACCCCCUCAGGCAGUAUCACUUGAGGACUUUUGUCAUGGACAAAAACUUUAAUGCAGAGCACAUGGAGUCAAAGAACCCCCAUGAUGAUGUCCCAUUGGCCAAUGGCACAGCAUUCUUGAUGGCAAACCAACUGUACAUGGAGCACCUCAAAAUUGCCAAAGAAAAUAAAGUGGGGUCUAAUUGUAAUAAUCACAGAGCUGUAAACCUGGCAAACAAGGACCAGCAGCACCUUAAUGCUACCGGGAUUGGUGCUACUGCCUGUGCCCGGUAUAGAGUAUUUUGCCUGGGUGCCAUAGUGGAUUGUCAGAAAGGUGAACUCCAAAUAAACAUGGACUAUUCCCUAUGUCAGGCCUUGUCCUCAUUGGCUGAAAUCAACUUAGUCAUAGUCCUCUAUGAUAUAAUGUGCCAAUACAGUAAACACUUCUCAAAGAGGGUCCCCAGUGGUGUAUUCAUGUACAAGGGCAUUGGAUUAUUUCAUGUGCAUAGACAUCAAGACAUCUGCUUCCCAUGA